AUGGAUACUCUUUUGAAAAAAUUCAACGAUUCUCGCAAAAAUGAUUCAGAUAUUGAAGAGAGAAUACUCCUCAAGGAAAGAGCUAGUGAACCCAAUGCCUUCAGUUUAGAUUCAAGUAAAAGAAACUAUGACAAACAAUUCUUUCCAAUGUAUCAACAUCGAUUGACUACUUUAAAGAAGCGUACAAGGAAAGAAUGCGAAAGGAAAUGGGAUGACGACUUCAGAUUGAAUGGCAAGCCUGUAGUAAUGAAGUCAAAGGUGCUUGAUAUUAAAGGAAAUCAGCCUUGUUGGGUUAUUGGAAGUAUAUAUUGUGAAAUGAAAUAUAAACCGAACAUUUUGGAGGAAGUAAUCAAUGAUGUUUAUGGUGCUCCUGAUCUCACAAAAAGUUACACCGAUCCUGAAGGCAGUGAUGAAAUUAUGCUUGAGGAUGAGAGCGGACGUGUUCUGCUCGUUGGUGAGUUCAUCCGAUCAACUCCCUUUGUUACAGGUACUGUGAUAGGUUUAUUAGGUAUGGAAGCUGAUGCGGGAACAUUUCAGGUUUUGGAUAUAUGCUACCCAGGACCACUUCCGCAAAAGCCAUUAACUUUCGAAACAAGUACUGGAUCAGAGUUUUCAGGAUCACCAAAAAAAAUUGCAUUGGUUUCCGGUCUGAAUAUUGAUACAACUUCACCUAAUCGCUUAUUGAAGCUGCAACUUUUGCAAGAGUUUUUAAUGGGUAGAGUGUCAAGUAAAGAGAGAAUAUUGAACAUAGGUAAGGUGAUAAUAUGCGGAAAUUCCGUGUCAUUUGAAUCGAAAGAUCGGAGCUGCGGGGAGAUGAUUAAUUGCCUGGAAGAAUUUGGGAAGUUUCUUGGGAAUAUACUGCAAACCAUUCCUGUUGCGUUGAUGCCUGGUGAAAAUGAUCCUAGUGAUAAGACUUUACCACAACAACCCUUGCAUAAGGCCCUUUUACAGUCGUUAGAAAGUUAUUUAACUGAGGAAAAUCAGGAUAUUUUUGAUCUAAUCACAAAUCCCUACAAAUUUGAGGUUGAAGGAGUCAGCAUACUAGCAAUUUCUGGCCAGAAUAUCAAUGAUAUAUGCAAAUAUAUUAUGCCCUACCAACGUGAUGGUAAUAAUUCAGUACAGCAUGAUACAACCGAGCAUCGAAUGGAUUUGAUGGAAUGUACGAUGAGGUGGCAGAAUAUUGCUCCUACUGCGCCUGACACUUUAUGGACCUAUCCUUAUCAAGAGAAAGAUCCUUUUCUUCUUGAUGAGUUACCUCAUGUAUAUAUAGUUGGAAAUCAACCAACUUUUGGAUACCGGGAUUUGAGCAUUGGUGGAGCAAAAGUGAAAAUCAUUUCCCUGCCGCAAUUUAGUUCAAGUGGUGAAGUUGUACUCUUGGACCUUGCUACCCUGAAGUCAGAAGUAGUUAAAUUUGAGAUUUAA